AAGGUAAUUGGCGCGGUUUUUGAAACUUCGUGGAAGCAAUGUCAGUUGGGAUACCUAUCAAAGUUUUACACGAUGCCGAGGGACAUGUCGUUACUCUAGAAACUGUUAGUGGUGAAGUUUUCCGUGGAAAACUUGUUGAGGCGGAAGAUAAUAUGAAUGUUCACAUGUGUGAUCUAAUAAUGACUUCCCGUGACGGUCGUACAUCAAACCUUCAACAGGUAUAUAUUCGAGGCAGUAAAAUUCGAUUCCUUAUCCUUCCUGAUAUGCUGAAAAACUCACCGAUGUUGAAACGUCCACAGGGUGCUAAGGGUUUAGGAACGGGAAGAGGGAAGAAUGCCAUGUUAAGGGCUGGUGGUAAGUUUCUAAAGUUCAAAAGUAACUCACCGUUAAGUUCGCGGGCGUGGCACUUUUGUUCGUGGACGUGUUGCGACUGUUCGUGGUACUGGAAGAACUACCGGCAGGUUUUGAUAUCUCCAUUAGUUUAUCGAGUAACUGAAUUUGUAUAUGCAUCAAAAUAUCCAUAUAUCUACAUCAUUCCGCAUGUCUUCUCACUGUUUGCUUCUCAUAUGUCAUUUGAUGCAAAAUUAAUGUCGAUUGCACCUACCCUCGAAUCACCAAUAUAAACUUAGUUCGUGCAUACUGUUACCUAAUUGUCUGGUAUAUAAUGUGUUGUCAUAGCACAAUAAUGCUCAUUCAGUUACAGUGAGGCUAACUUAUGAAUCUUCGUGGCGCCAGUGUGUAGUUAUAUUUGAGACUGUUUGCGAAUAUAUUUGAAUGCUUACUAAGCUGGAAAUUCAAAUAACAGAUUUCUUUAGAUGUACGAGUUAUACCAGUAUUAUCAUUAGCUGCUUAAGCUUUUAAUUAGUUUCCUCUUUUCACCAAGUUAGUGAACUUUUAUCCAUGACAUUUUGAGUGGUACAACUUUGUCCUUUCAGACGUCAAAUUGAAAUGAGACAGGAUACUCAGUAGUUAUUUCAUCCAUGUUAGUCAAAUGUUACGAUCGACCAAUCCUACUCCGUACGUAGCCAUAUUUGCCUAGUAAUUUUUGUCUUAACAAGGUUUGAUUGAUUAAAAAAUUCCACGAAUGUAGGGUCGUCUCGUCAGCUGCACUUAGAAUACAUCAAACUACAUUAUCACCGUAACUCGUGGGAUCACAAUUGUAACAUAGCGUGUUAAGAAGUCUGUAUAUUUAUGAUAAUGGAAAUAAGUACAAACACGACCAUUAAGUCAAAUAGCUUGUGAAACAUGCUUGUGUACUGACUACUUAUAAGACGAGGUGAAUUGGAUACCCUUUUAUUCUAGAGUUUGGCUCGUGCACGUAAUUGCUAUUUCUCAUGCCUAACUUUCUAGAAUGGUUGCCUGUUUAUAGAGGCCUGGUGGACUAACAGUUAUUAUAAAUCUUGAUUAAAAGUUAGCCAGCUCAUUCGCCAACAAUGUGGCUAUACAUUCAAGGAUAGCUAGAAACGAUAUGUUUGGUAAUCUCCAAUUCCAGCGAACUUGUGUUUGGUACUUUAGUAAUACUUGCUUCUCAGUUGAACUUUAGUCGGCUAGUGGAUUGUAAAAGAUGUGCCAAGAUCUAUAUAAAAUGGCCGUUUUCCUUUCACGUCCAAAUGUAUAUUAUUAUUAUUAUUACCAGUCAUCUACUAUAUAGUCUGCCAACUUGGAUCGAUGCAUAUAUGCUACAGGUUCUAGGCUACAUUCGACUGAGUGAGGAGAAGUACUUCCGUCAAGACUGACAGUAUGUUAGACUUUUGUCGUAUUGGUAUCUUGUUGUAGGUACUAUCGGUUUCCGAGCUUCCUAGUUAAUAUUCUCUAGUCCCGGCACCAUGAGACAUUCGUUCGUUGACAGUGAAACGUGGCACCAAUAAUCAUCGUUUCAAGUUCCAACAGCUCACCUCAUGGCCGAGAAAAAUUAAUGAGAUGCAAACUGAAUAGGACAAUCAUAUAAAUUGUGGCAGAAAGCACAUCGUUGCUUACGCAAGCUUUGUUUAGAAAGUUUAUAUUUCACAAUGAGUUUUAGUCCAACAGUGACUGCACGAACUACUUUCUUAGUUUCACGGCUUUCCAGUCUACUACGCUAUCCGACAAAGGAGUUAACAAGAAAAACGGUCGUUCCGAACCAAAUACGGAUCAUUAGCGAAAUCAGUCACUUAAAUAACCCAUUUGGAGCAUGAUAAAAAAACAAUUACUAGUUUAUGGACCCAGCAUUUGUUAGGCGAUUCCGGAGUAUAGUGCGCUUUGAUAUGAGUAGUUAUUAAGUUAAUAUGAUCACAUGCCAUUUCGAUUAACUCCCCCAGACCACCUGCUUCGGUUUGGACAGUAUUCCAGCCCUCACACAAAUCAUCUAUUUGUGUGGUGCAUAUAUGUUUGGCGCCUCGCUGUACUAAUUUUUGUGUUUAAAUAAAUAAACUCCAAAACCACUAGAAUAAAAUUGUCUUACCCACAUAGGUUGGCAUGUUGUGUAAUUUAAAUGAUAUCGAAAUAAGCAUAAGCCUUGUAAUAUCAAGUGGCCAAAUAAGGACAGUUUCGUCGGGAUUAAAAUUUAUCAAGAAAUACUGAAUGAAAGUCUAUACUGUUGAUAUUAUUUUUCAUAAGUUGUCUGUUAAUGAGCUUUUAUUUUGGAUACGGAUAGGUGGGCCGAUAGUUCACAUUGAUUAUUAUUAUAGUGCGGUAUCAAUCAACUCAUUCAUCAACCACUUGAGUGCGAGCCACAUUAAACGUAAGGCCUAGUGAUACUACCCGGUUACCCAAACCAGAUUAGGUUGAAUAUUGUCAUAGAGUUACCUCAUCUAUCGGAACGCAUAUAAAUGAAUACGAAAAUAGAUGUACGCGAAGAGAAAACAAGAUUGUAAAGAUAUAGAGUAAGGAGGGUGUGCAUAACAAAGGAAAUGAGUAGAAUUUUGUAUAUUUAGAUAUUGAACUUCAAGUAAAUCGGAUAAAUUUACCCGCCUUAGUUACGUCAACACGAUGAACUACCAUAUACGCUGUGAAAUAUCAGAUCUUUGCAGAUAAAUGAUUUGUAUUAUCAAUAUUUGUAAGGGCCUUAUUGUGUAGAUAUAGGUCUCUUCGAGGUAAACAUCUAAAUUCAUCCAAAUCUUUUGGUUUUAGAUGACAUAGUAUCCAUGUAUGUUGAGGUACACGACAUACAUAUCAUGUUAAAAAUUAUUGUGCACAUUACGAUUCACGGGAACGAGAUAUUGUCUGAAUCUUGCCAAAUGACAUAAACCUAAGUGACGAAAAACCUGUCAAUAUGUAUUGUUAACACUAAAGGUAGAAGGACAUGUUCCCAGUAUUACAACCACAGGAAAUUGCUGUAGAUUUGCCAAAAAACUUAAUAGGUUUUGAGUUUUUGCGAAAACUUGUGGUGCAAUAACUUAUUCACUUCAUAUUGCAUACGUACCAUAGACAACGAAUAAAAGACAAGUAAUUUCUGUAAAUCAAUUAUUGUAAAUAAUAAGCCAAAAGGAAAACAUUUAACCAUAAGCACAAAUAUUCGUUUCCCCC